AUGCUUAAGAGAAUUGAUCCUUCAAAUUCUGUCUUGGUUUCUUACUUUGCAACUAUUGAUACUUCUGUGGAAACCGGGAUCCUUCAACAACAGCCAUGUGAGAAGAAAUCCAAGAAGAAAAAGAAACCUGUUGUUGGGUCUUCGGAUACCAAAUCCAAGUCUUCAAAGAAAACAAAGUUGGUUCCUAUGAUUGAACCUGAACUCGAUCAGCCAAAGCUUGUUGUUUCUGAUACUCAGGUCAUUGAAAACAAAAUAAUUCCUUCGAAGACUGGUGUAUUUAAGCAUAUUAAGAUGAAAUCAAAGACAAAGAGAAGAUCGUUGGGUACAAAGAUGGUUCUUAAACCACAAGUUUCUCACCAAGGAAUAAUUUUUACAGAAGUUCCUGCUCCUGUGUCUCCUUCAACAAAGAAGAGAAUGGUUGCUGACAUGGCCAAACAUAUUUCUCAGAAGAAGAAGAGAAAAUUGAUCAUUUCUUCUGAUUCAACCGCUGAUGACACAGAAGUUAUUCCUGAAACUCCUGAAGCAACUCUAAUUCUUGAUUCCUCUACCGUUGGUACAAAUGUAAUUAUGGGUGAGAAUAAUUCGAAGACUGCAGAUCAAGGUAUUUCUUUAUCUCCACAGAUUACUCCCAUUGUUCCAAUAGCAUCUACCACUGAUUCACCCACUUUCCAACAUGUCUUCGAAUCCAAGGUCAUAAACAAAGUUUCAGGCAUGAUAAGGGAUGCUGAAGGACGACUUUUGGAGAAAGUUGAUUCUAUUGAUCAAUUAAAUGAUCUUUGUACGACUUCUCAGCAUCAGGAUUUCUUGCAUGAAGUGAAAUACUUGAAACUCAUAACCAAGGAAAGACAUGUGCUGUUUGUUCAAGAAGUAAAGAAAGUUCGAGAAGAUGUAAAUUUACAAAUACACGAACUUCGUGAAGAUAUGUAG